AUGCCAGGAAUAGAAGAUGUCAAACUGUGUUACUUAAGAAUAUGCAAAUUUUUAUAGAAUUCUUAAUUAUUUGUUUUUAAGUAUGAAUCAAAUAAAUAAGGUUAGUAUUAUUAUUUCAGACUUUAUAAAUUUUAAAACAGAAUGAAUAUAUAGAGAGAUUCUAAAUUAAUAUUGCAUAAUGAAAGAAUCAUAUACAAUAUCAAUAACUGUUCAAAUGGAUUCUACGAUUCAAAUUUUAAAUUAAAUAUUGAAGAUAUUAAUAUUGAAAUCAAAUGGUUUAGUCAGAUGGUUGUUGCUGGUUUUGUGUUUUUUUAUAAAAUGGCAAUUAUUAAUUACUUUUACACCAGAUAAAAAUAUUUUCAUAAGAUUAUUGAUGAAAACACACAAAUGAUCACUCUAAUUUCGUCAAAGAAAUUAAAUUUUAGAAAUCUUAUAUGA